GGUAGGCUACACGUAGGUAGGUGACUUUUCAAAUCAUUUCGUUUUCAUUUCAAUCUCUUUGAAUUUUCAAGUCUGCUGGUUUGUUUGCGUUCCUUAUUUUUUUUUCGAUGCAAGAUGUUCAUAUUUUAUAGACUGCUUUUCGUUUUAAUAAUUAUUUUUUCGUUCGAAUCGGUUGAAAAUGAUUCGUAUUUGGAUACAAUUGUAAACUCUUUAGAGGAUAUUUUGAAAUUUUGUGUAGAAAAUAACCAUAUUUUAGAUAUUAAUUUGCUAUUCGGUGUGACAAUAGCAUCAGGGCAGUUACGUUUCAUAGAAGUGGCUAAUUUAGACAUGAAAACGUAUCAGAAAUUAAUUAAUAUUAAAAACAUGUGCGACGUUAUUAUAAAAAUGGCACAACGGCGAAAUAUAGCAAAUAUAAAUAAUGAUAAAACACAACAGAAAUUAUUCUCAACGGAUUUAUGGUCAUUCGACAUCGCGCCAUCUUGUUUACAAAACCAAACCGUAAGCAAAUGGGUUUCCAACGAAGUAAAACCGUUCGACUUUUCAAAUUCAUCCGCCUUCCAACCAGAAUAUGAAUCUUGCAUCCGGCAUCUGAUCGAAAAUUGCGAUAUUUCGAAACAAUGCGAGCAGCUUAUCUUGAACGAGAAUUCCGCUGAGUACGUCUUGACUCAUCAAAUCUUGUAUUUACUCGUCCUGAGGCGGCUCGUAUUUCAAAACUGGUGUUCAUUUGAGACCGACUCGGAAGCUUGGUUGGAAACAACAUCGUCUUGGUUGAACGAAAAAUGCUAUCAAAUUUACCACAAUGAAUUUCCUCAUUUAGACGACCAAGUCCGAUUACUCAAUAACACUGCUUUGACUGAUUUAUUCAUCGAACAAGUCGUGGUAUGUGGGUUACAAAGUUACGAGGAGUUCUUCCAGUUCAGAUUCAUCGAUAUCAUUCUAAAACAGAACAUUAGUGUCGUAGAUUUAUUCAAAACAACGAUGGAUGAUAGUAGCGGAAAUUGCUGCCACGAUGAAGAAAGAAUCCUCAGCUUGGUACAUCUGAUCAGCGUACGAAUCGCUGCAAUGGUACUUUACGUGAAGCAAAUCUCCAGAAAUUUCAUCUUGUAACUGAACGAGCACUACUUCUAAAUCAUAAAAAAUAUUAUCGAGAAAAACAGUUACUGAAUUAUUACUUCAUGCUAAUAAGGUACUUAAUAUGUUACCUACUUGAAAGUUGAAAGACUCACUUGAUUUUUUUUCUCUUAGAUCUAGUAAACAUUGAUGACUCAUUA